GUAGUAGCUGAACACACGAGAUGCUUGCAGUCCUUGGGUUUACAACAUUCCUAGUAUUUCUAGACUCGACAAUCAAGAACAUUCCCGAAAACUACCAUGACACAUCCCUACGUGAAAAUGAGUGUACGACAACGGAAACCGGAGAUAAAGAAUUUUCUUACAUCAAAGUGUGGGAGGAUUGUCUUUUAAAUAAGGGCCUUAAAGACAUCGUUUCCCAGAAUACAACAGGGAUUCUCUGUGACCCUGGCCGACUCUUCCUUCUUUACAUUAGUUGUUCCAUAAAACAAGAAAACAGUGAUACCUGGGAAGGCUGUUUAUCAGCAAACAGCUUAUUCCUAUCCGGUGGAUCUGAUGAGCUGGACAUUCCAAUACCAGGAAUUACGAAGCUUUCCUUUGAGAAAGAGCAAGAAGCAGUCGUGUGCUUGAUCGACAGAGGAAGUGAUGAUGUGUUUAGCACCUGCUCUAUUGAUAAGACCUUUAGUUACUGGCUGGAGAACGUAUACCUUAACUGUCCUCCUGGUCACGUGAUUUGUCCUGAAACGAAAUCAUGUUUGACAGCAAAGAGAAGACAAGAGUGUACUGGAUCAAUCGUUGGUCAGUAUUGGCUAGUUUCAAGUUCAGAUGGAGUUCAAACGUUUGAAGGAUUUGCUGUUCAUGAGUUUUGGCGAAACAUGUCGGCUGAAGAUGAUCCAGAGUUGAUGGUGAUGGCAAUAGACGAAAGACUGGGGAAGUGGUGGUACAGAA